UAUGCACGAACAACUUACGACUUUGUUCGCAAGUAGAGCCUUUCGUGUGAGGAGGUAUCUGUCGGAGCUGAAGCGAUGUUCCGGCCCGUUUCAACCACCCCUUCGCUGCCGACCCGACGAAAACCGCGUCGGGGACGAAAAGUACGAUAUGAGGAGAUAUUACACUGGCGACAAGGAUUCGAAUACCGUGAUAACCCUCCGAUGAUGAUGUCAUCACCUAGAUGGCGGUGCAGUUCUACAGAUACCCAGGGCCGCAGCUCUGUCCUACUAACUGCUGAUACUCUUUUCCCAAGUCUUAUAAAAGCUGAGGGGGAAGCAUGGAAGCGGAUGGACUCAAUCGACAAUGAAGAAGAGUCGUCACCAACCGAGUCUUCGUUAGUCAAGCAUGGGAAUUCCGUACAAAGCAUUCACAGCUAUUUCAAAAACCUGGAUUCAAAUGUUUGUUGCAUGAGCCUUCCAGGUAGAAAAGCCAAUACAUAUAGCAAAGUGCGUGUUCCGCACCCUGAAGGACGUGAUUCGGGAAUUGAAGAAGGCACUUUGAGUGGUAUUGAUCUUGAAAGACAUGAUAAAACGUGCUUAGAUCAGAAGGAAUUUUCUGUGUACAAACGUGCUCUACUCUGUGCCCAGUUUCCCGUUCUAGGCUCCAUCUCGCCUCCGUCCUCUGCCUCUUUGAUGCCCAAACACAGCAUUCCGUUCCAACACAGCUUCACCUUCAUUCCAAUCCCAGAAAACAAUUCAGAUCUGAAGACAUUCUCCGAGGACAGUGACAUUGAUGAUGACACAGACACCUCAAUUCAAGUGCAGACACUCUGCGUGGUUGUACGCCAAGCAUUCCAGUUGAGCGAAGAGCGCCACCUGUAUUAUGAUGAGAUUAUUUCUGAGGGGUACAACAGGAAAUCACCUGCUAAGAUUCUUAUAGAUGAGCUUGUUAGCAGACUUACACUUCUGGAGAACAACAAGCACCCAUUUUACAGCCCAUUUUCAUUUGAGAAUCGGAAUGCAUAUGAUUUCUGGCAGCAGCAAGAGAGACGACAUGUGAUUGACCUUUAUACCAAAUUUUGGCAUUAUUCCCUGCCGAGUCCAUCCAGUACCCUAUGCAACCCAAUGUACUGGGCCAGCACGCAUGAUGAGUACAGAGAACUUAUGAUAAAGCUAAUCAGGAGUGGGAGCAUGCGGCACAAUGUGUCCAGGGGAGGGUGGAUUUUGUCCUCAUCCUGCAGACGACUUCUCAAGGAAUUUGGCCUCAGAUAUGGAGUGGUGAGUAUUAUAUUUUUUUUUUAUUAA